AUGGCAACCUUAGACCGGCCCGGAACUCCCCCAAGCCCCUUAUCGACCGUCCCGUUCCGUCGCGACCCAGACUUUGUCGACCGUGGAACGCUACUUGAUCAGAUACAUGAAAAAGGCUCUAUACCGGGAUCUCGGAUCGCACUUCUCGGCCUAGGUGGCGUUGGAAAAUCGCAACUUGCUAUCGAAUACUGUUAUCGAGUUCGAGAUCAAUCGCCCGACACAUGGGUUUUCUGGGUCCAUGCGAGUACUGCGGCACGCUGCGAAGGAAGCCUCCGCGACCUUGCCGACCGCGCCAAGAUUCCCGGGCGCCAGCACCGCAACGCUAAUAUUUUCCAACUCUUCGGGAACUGGUUACAAGAUGGAAAAAUCGGAAAAUGGAUUCUUGUCCUGGAUAAUGUUGAUGAUGACGAGCUCCUUCGCAAGCCAUUAGUAACUCGUACAGACACACAGGAAAACGGCCAGAACCAUGUCUUGACACAGCCACCGCUAAGGUACCUUCUCGGAAUCUCGAAUGGCUCUAUUAUUAUCACGAGUCGCAAUAAAAGGGUAGCAUUGGAAAUCGCUGGCCAGACGAAGGGUCUCAUUGAUGUGCAACCGAUGAACAUGGCCGAGGGGGUCGAUCUAAUGCAGAACAAGCUACAGUCCUAUACUGAGAGAGCGGACGUGGUUCAGCUAGUGGAAGAACUCGAGUACAUGCCACUCGCGAUUGUGCAAGCGGCUAGCUAUAUCACUCAUCGUUCGCCCCGUUGCUCAGUAGCGCAAUAUCUCGACAAGCUUCGACAGAGUGAUCGACACGCGGCGAAGCUCCUGAAUCACGAGGGACUGAACACUUACCGAGACUGUGAGGCAAAAAACUCUAUUCUUCUGACAUGGCAAAUUUCGUUCGACCAUAUCCGACGAAUAAGACAGAGUGCGGCUGAUGUACUUUCCCUAAUGAGCUUUUUCGACUGGCAGGGAAUCCCAGAGGAGCUUCUACGGGUUCAUGGUAUUGAAAAAAACCAUGAAAAUUCGGGUUCUUCAGGGGAAGUUGCGAACAGCUCCAGUGCAGAGGACACAGAUAGUUCGUCCGAAUGUGACCUAGACGACAAUUUUGAGAUCGACAUUGCAACUCUCCGAGACUAUUCCUUCAUUGCUAUCAGUCAAAGUAGCACGGUAUUCACGAUGCAUCGGCUAGUGCAGCUCACGGUCCGCAUGUGGUUGAAAACCCAUGGCCAGGCUGAGGGGUGGAAGGAACGAUUCAUUAACAAUCUAGAUGCUGAGUUCCCGACCGGCGAAUACGCAAAUUGGGAGAAGUGCCGUCAGCUGCGUUACAUCGACCAAAAUCGCAAGACUGUCUACGAAGCUGGGCUGGGUUACUUUACAGGGGGGGCCUGGUAUGCGAAAGAAAGUGGCAAUAUCCCUGAUUUGCGGGAAAUGGCAUCUACGUCGAGAAAGCAGAGAAUAAAGAUAUUAGGCGUGGAACAUGAAGACACCCUUGAUAGCACUGCGAUGUUAGCAAUAGCUUACCGACUUGAGGGCCAGUGGAAAGCGGCGGAGCAGCUCGAGGUGCAGGUCGUGGAGGCUCGCAAGACGAAGCUCGGCGUCGAUCAUCCUGACACGCUGACGAGUAUGGGCAAUCUGGCGUCGACGUAUAGGAAGCAGGGCCGGUGGAAAGCGGCAGAGCAGCUCGGGGUGCAGGUCGUGGAGGCCCGCAAGACGAAGCUUGGCGCCGACCAUCCUGACACUCUGUCCAGUAUGAACAAUCUGGCGUUGACAUAUUCGAACCAGGGCCGGCGGAAAGAGGCGGAGCAGCUCGAGGUGCAGGUGAUGGAGGCUCGCAAGACGAACCUCGGCACCGACCAUGCUGACACGCUGACGAGCAUGGGCAAUCUGGCAUCGACAUAUAGGAAGCAGGGCCGGUGGGAAGAGGCGGAGCAGCUCGAGGUGCAGGUGAUGGAGACUCGUAAGACGAAGCUCGGCGUCGAUCAUCCUGACACGCUGACGAGUAUGGGCAAUCUGGCGUCGACGUAUAGGAAGCAGGGCCGGUGGAAAGCGGCAGAGCAGCUCGAGGUGCAGGUCGUGGAGGCUCGCAAGACGAAGCUUAACGCCGACCAUCCUGACACGCUGUCCAGUAUGAACAAUCUGGCGUUGACAUAUUCGAACCAGGGCCGGUGGGAAGAGGCAGAGCAGCUCGGGGUGCAGGUCAUGGAGGCUCGCAAGAUGAAGCUCGGCGCCAACCAUCCUGACACGCUGUCCAGUAUGAACAAUCUGGCGUUGACAUAUUCGAACCAGGGCCGGUGGGAAGAGGCGGAGCAGCUCCAGGUGCAGGUUAUGGAGACGAGCAAAACCAAGCUCGGCGCCAACCAUCCUGACACGCUAACGGGCAUGGCCAAUCUAGCGUCGACGUACCGGGAGCAAGGACGGUGGGAAGAGGCGGAGCAGCUCGAGGUGCAGGUGAUGGAGACUCGCAAGACGAAGCUCGGCGCCGACCAUCCUGAUACGCUGACCAGUAUGGCCAAUCUAGCGUCGACGUUCUGGAACCAGGGCCGGUGGGAAGAGGCCGAGCAGCUCGAGGUGCAGGUGAUAGAGGCUCGCAAGACGAAGCUCGGCGCCAACCAUCCUGACACGCUGACGGGUAUGGCCAAUCUAGCGUCGACGUACCGGGAGCAAGGACGGUGGGAAGAGGCGGAGCAGCUCGAGGUGCAGGUGAUGGAGACUCGCAAGACGAAGCUCGGCGCCGACCAUCCUGAUACGCUGACCAGUAUGGCCAAUCUAGCGUCGACGUUCUGGAACCAGGGCCGGUGGGAAGAGGCCGAGCAGCUCGAGGUGCAGGUGAUGGAGACGAGCAAGACGAAGCUCGGCGCCGACCAUCCUGACACGCUGACGGGCAUAGCCAAUCUAGCGUCGACGUAUAGGAAGCAGGGCCGGUGGGAAGAGGCAGAGCAGCUCCAGGUGCAGGUCAUAGAGAUAAGCAAAACCAAGCUCGGCGCCGACCAUGCUGACACGCUGACGAGUAUGGGCAAUCUGGCAUCGACAUAUAGGAAACAGGGCCGUUGGGAAGAGGCGGAGCGGCUCCAGGUGCAGGUCAUGGAGGCUCGCAAGGCGAAGCUCGGCGCCAACCAUCCUCACGCGCUAACGAGUAUAGCAAAUCUGGCGUCCACAUAUAGGAAGCAGGGCCGGUGGGAAGAGGCGGAGCAGCUCGAGGUGCAGACGAAGCUCGGCGUCGAUCACCCUGACACGCUGACGGGUAUAGCCAAUCUGGCUCAUACCCUUAGGUCAUCGGGGCAACAAACAGCUGCUUUGCUGUUAAUGGCAAAAUGUUUCCAAGUUCGUGACCGUAAGCUAGGACCUGAUCAUCCGGAUACUGUGUCUGCCCAGUCUGCUUUAAACAAAUGGCAUGGGAAUGGUGACUCCGUAUCUUCACCUCCCAUUGAAGUGCCGACUAAAAACAAAGAGAGUCAAUCCUAG